UUUCUUUGCGACAUUUGACAGAUGAUAAAGUGGCCGCCGUCCUAUGGUACGAUCCGUCCGUGUAAAAAGCCACUCCUAUCAUAGUUAAAUCGAAAUUCCGCCUUUGCUGAAAGUGUCUUACAAGAAAUGUAGGUUUUGUGUUUUGAAUACGUGACAGUGAUAUGGCUUAAUUGUUGAGUAGACAAGCAGUAAUCAAUCAAAAUGAGUGGGCGAUCGAACCGUGGUGUGUUUGGGAAACUUUUCUCAAAAAAGCAACCAAGAGAAAGAGAAGAGCGGGUGACUGACAUUGGUAUGCCCACAGAUGUGAAACAACAUAUACACGUUAGUAAGAACUCAGAAACGGGUCUGUUGGAAGGAUUGCCGACGUCCUGGUUGCGGUUGUUGAACACACAGAUUACGCCCGCCGAACAAAAUGAGAACCCUGACGCGGCCAUCCAGGCCGUUAAGUUCCACAUGUACACAAUCAAGAAGGAGAAGGCUCCCGACGAGCCAUUCAAGCCGUUCCUCACUGACGAGGCUAUCACUGAGGAAAAUAUAGAAAUAGAAAAGUUGCUAGAUCAGAAGAGUAAGAACCAAAGCCAGGAUUCUGAUCUAUCGAUCGGCCAGAGCAGUGAGGAGGAGGUCAAUGACAUAUUCUCUCAGAGGCAGACCAUGCCUGCUGCUCCUAUUAAGCAUAGCCUGAAGAAAAAGGAUGCUGUUAUGGACCUGACAGCUAACGUAGAAGACUUAUCUCUUAUUGGAAACGAUCCUGAGGAGAGCCCCAUACUGAGGAAGAAGGAGCUGAUAUAUGCAACUCUGAAUGAUGAGCAAAUAUAUGAAGAGUUGAAGAAAAUAUGCAAUAAAGAUGACCCGUACGUCCGGUUUGAAAGGAUUAAGCAGUUGGGUGCUGGUGCUUCAGGUGUGGUGUUCGUGGCCAUAGACAGUAAGGACAACUCUAAAGUGGCCAUCAAGGACAUAGACUUAACCAAACAAAGCAAGAAGGAACUAAUACUCAAUGAAAUUAAUGUGUUGAAGGGUUUCAACCAUAAGAACUUGGUGAACUUCCUGGACGCGUUCCUCAGUUACGAUCACCUGUGGGUCGCUAUGGAACUGCUUGACGGCGGCUCUCUCAACUACGUCGUGACUGAAGUCGUCAUGAAGGAGGGCCAGAUCGCGGCUGUGUGUCGCGAAACACUACAAGCCAUAGCCUUUUUGCACUCUAAAGGUACAAUACACAGGGAUAUAAAGUCUGACAACGUUCUGCUCGGCAUGGAUGGCACGGUCAAAGUCACAGACUUUGGGUUCUGCGCCAACAUCAUAGGGGAUGAGAAGCGACAGACUAUGGUCGGCACUCCCUACUGGAUGGCGCCUGAAGUGGUCACCAGGAAGCAGUACGGUAAGAAGGUAGACGUGUGGUCCUUAGGUAUUAUGGCGAUCGAAAUGAUCGAAGGUGAGCCGCCUUACAUGAAGGAGUCUCCUCUGAGAGCUCUGUAUCUAAUCGCUGCGGUCGGACGGCCGACAAUCCCCAGAUGGGAGAAGUUAUCACCAGAUUUCCAAGACUUCCUUCGGAAGAGUUUACAAGUGGACGUAGAUUUGCGCGCUUCUGCGGACGAGCUCCUAAGACACCCGUUCCUGGACUGCGCGAUGGAACUGAGAACACUGACGCCACUCAUCAAGGCUGCACAAAAGAUUCACCACAAGAACCAGGACUAGACUGGUAAUUGUUCCAUUCCUCUAUUACGUCUACUUGUAACACUUUUAUAGCCUUUUUACAAUUUUGUAUGCUCUUUAUGAAUGUAAUGACUGUAAUGAGGUGCCAAGUUUUGCAUAGUAAUUUACAAGGUUAUUAUGACUGUUAAGUGGACAAUACUAAAACGCCAAUAUUAUACAGGGCAUUAUUUGAGAAAUUUUAAAGGAUUUCAAACAGAUGUUUGGUGGACGGAAAGCAUACUUUAUUAGCUUAGUUGUUUAUUCAUAGAUAGAGCUACACUUUUUUGCUGUACGCAUUUAGCUUAGAAUCGCAAAAUAUUAAUUUUGACGGCACGCUAGGCGCGUAUAGCUUUUGUCUUAUCUGUAGACUCGUAUAGAUACGGUAUCUCCAACUGAUAUAGAUAUUCACACCACAUUACAGUACUCCCUUAACCAAAUGUUUUAGGGGAUAAAUCAAAUUUAUAAUUUUUGUACAAGAAAAUGCCAUAAUUCUGUAACGUGAGUUGCAAUAUACAAAUAAGGCUAUUCGGCUAAGAAUUUAGUUACUUAAUAAUAAUUUAAUCUGUCCAAAAUUAAGUAUUUUUCUAUUGUAAGAUUUUGAAAAGUUUUUGGACUGAUGAUGUCUGAAACUUAUAUAUUUGGGAAAUCAACUUUAAAAUAUAAAAUGAAUUGCCAUUCUUGACUCAGGUCGCCAUAUAAAUAACAAAGCAACGAAAUUCAAUAAAAUAAUAUUAGUAUGUAUAAAAAUUAGAUCGUUAUCACUUUUUAUAUCGUAAACAAUAGGGAAAUAUAGUUAUUUGUGGCUUCUGGUCGCAAACAGAUAGGUAGGCCCUUUUGAUAACAUAAGUGAUUGGUGCACAGAUAGGCUAUUACCAAAAAUGUACAUAAACGAAAUAACUUUUUUAGCUAGUCGUAAUCAUUGCAUCAUUUAUUUUUAUAAUUAUAUAUUUUACCAGAUCAAUCAAAUGCAAAAGUUUAGGAACAUUACAGUGUCACAUUCCUUCCAAUUUCUUUAUUCCAUGUUAAAAGAAUUCCGUGAACAAAACAAAAAGGCUCGAUUUUUAACUAGUAUUUAUACUUCUAACGACAUAAAAUUAAGACUGGAUUACAGUGCUGCAUUUUUUUAAAUAGUAUUAGCCAUUCCUUAGAAACGAGAAUAGUUCUAAGCACUGAGCAUAACAUUAUACGGCGUGUAUUCUAACAUUCACUAACACAAUUUAUUUUCGUCACAUUGCAAUUUACAUUAUAAGGCAUUUUUGAUGCGCACACUGAAAUUAUUUCAAAGAAUUAAUUUCCAUUCAAUGCAGUGCUCAAAUUAUUAAAGUAAUUAUAUGGCGGAUUUUUUAUUUUUAUAAAAAUGAACUCUAUCGUAUUCUGAUUACAGUAUAUUCUGCUUUGUAUGUAAAAUUCUGUGUAUGAAUUAAAAAAUAGUCUGGUCAUGGUAAAUAAGGAAAUGUUUAGUACUAUAAAUAAUUUGUAUCUAUAUAUUUCAAAUAAUAUGUUGUACUACGUCUAUGUAGUAUGUAUGUGUAGGAUAAUUUGAUUUUGCUUACUUCUAGUGUUCAAUGUUAUUUUAUAUUUUUUCUUAAUGAUAAAAUGGCUGAAAGGCUGUUUUAGGGUAGAAAGUACUACUUGUAGAAUAUACUCAGUCUGAAGAGUGUUUAUGCUGUCGUCACGAUUUUCAUGUGAGUAGAUAAGCCUGUAAAUCUUGAAUUUUUUAUGUCAUCGUUGUCUGUUUUGCCUGAUAAUCUCUGCAUGCGGUUGCGGUAUUAAUCCAUAAGCAGCCAUGACAACAAAUACCACUGUAGCUAUAAUAUGCGUAGCCUAUAGUUAUAUUGUAAGUGCAAAAAGUAAUUAGUAACGAAAUCUACGUUACAUCAAAAAUAUAGAAUGGAUAAAACAGACUUAAAUUUUUAGCUUGUGUGAAACGAACUUAUGUUUUUGCAUUUUUAUUAAGUUUGAUGGCUGUAUUCUAUGACCACGAAUUCUUUCCUCGUAAUUUUUCCUGAAAUACGACAGGGGCCCGAUUCUCCUAAGUUAAUAAUGUCAAAAUCGAAUAGAAAUCGAAUCGCAAUAUGAUCGCAAUAGCAGUUUUAACCAUAUCAGGCAUUCUGCUACUAAUGAAAGACCAAUCGCCUAUUCGAUUGACAUUUGAUUGGUGUGUGAUUGGUCUGCUAUUUUAUUGAUUUUGGUCUAUAUGGUAGUUUGCCGUACAAUCAUUUUGCAAUCGUAAAUCAUUUGCAGACAAAAUGAUUCAUUAUUGAAUGACAGAAAAGGAUAAAAACGUUUAUUUCAAAGAAAAAAUAGCGGAAUGCCACAUACGCUUCAAUAGUAAUCGAAUCGGGAUUGGAUCUCAGUCGAAUCGAGUCGAACGUGAAUCGUAUGUAAAAUUAGGAGAAACUGGCCCCAGGUUGAAAAAAGGCCAUAAUUCAGCUAGAAUUACUGGAAGUGAUAUCAAGGACAAGGAAGUGACAUUUAACAUCAAAUUCCAUGUUCAAUGAUCAAUUUUAUUGAAACAAGUUCAACAAAAUAGUGCAUUUUAAAGAAGGUCCAAAAACAGUGUAAUAUGAAAUGUAUUUUGAGAUUCUUUUAGUAUUAUAUCAGUAUCUAUUUUAUCUUAUGAUUUUUUUAUAAGUCUCAAUGUCACCUUACCGCUAUAGUUGUGGGAGAUGAGUAUUUCCCUGCCAGGAGUGCCUGCUUCAUACAGCAAUAGUAUAGAUGUACUUUUAUAGAUUAGAUUUUAAGCAUUUCCAUCGACACAACGAAAUAUCGUGUGAAUGCUGUUCUAUAUGAUGAGACGACUGUUUUAUUAAUUAAAACUAUAGUUUCGUAAUAAGAGUGUUAAAUGUGGCCUUCUUUAGGUACAGACUCCACUCAAUAUAGUACAAUGCAAGCAAGUGUACCUACGUGUCCGCUUUGAUGCGUAGCCCCAUUAUGUCAUCAAGAUUACUUAGUAAGCCGAGAUCUCUCACAAGCGAAUUGUCGCUUCCCGAUCGCGUAUUGUACCUACACUUACGAACAUUCUACCAGAUGGUCAUCUCAUGAGAACAGCUGUAUGUAUUGACGCUAAUACCCCAUAAUUGUAAGAUUAUAUACACAAAGGACACUUUUUGAACAUUUUAUUAAUAUAAUUUGCCUAUUAAAUUAUUUUUCUAAAAUA